AUGCCCACGGGUGAGGUGAGGGAGCUGCCCGAGAGUUUGGGCAGCAACUAUCCCGAUGCGUAUCAACACCAUGCCCACUGCGGCACCAGGCCUCCCGUGAGAAGGCGUGCCGGAUCGUCAGAUGCAGCUAUCCUGGGCAGUCUUAACAAGCGACGACCUCUUACCCUUUUGGAGCGACUCGGCACCGUUUCAAAGGAAAUCUCUCCCAUCACACUCAUCGUCGACGCAGGAUCGAGCGGUGAGCGGUGGAGCGAGCACGAUCGAGCCACAAGGGUCUGGAAAAAGGCGACCACCAACUCCACCAUCGCCGCCAUCGCCAGCCAUGCGCACUGGUAG